AUGGCCCUAUGGCCUCCGGGUCCUAUGUCUCUAUGUCUGGACUAUUCAGGCAGGGAGCUCCUUCUCUCGGAUGCCAUGUGGUAUACAAAGUAUGUUGAGAAACCCGCUGGUUACGACGCUUUCACCGAGAUUCCAAACUUAGGAGGUGUUGCGACGCUCAACACUACUGACAAUGUCGUGGACCUGUUUGGACAGAAUAUCCCAUCUCACGAGCAACGUGCCUUCUAA